UCUUCUACGGAAACGAAAAAGGAAGAAAAUAUUGUCGGAUUCAUCACCGAAAGCAACAUCGCCGACAACACAGACCGACGUCUUCUACGGAAACGAAAAAGGAAGAAAAUAUUGUCGGAUUCAUCACCGAAAGCAACAUCGCCGACAACACAGACCGAGUCUCCUGUCGUCUCUCCGAGCUCGAACGCUAGCGAUUCACAAACCUCAAAAACGUCUCAGCUCUACGAACCAACAAUGACCGAAAAACAGCUGAAGGUUUUCUUCGACCCACCCGAAUCUGUGGAGGAACUAGAGAUUACAAGAAAUAAUUUGAUGUUGCCACCGUCAAACAUUAAUGAGCUAUUAGAAAUUAAAGCUGACCGAAGAAAAUUGGCACCUUUACUUUGUAAGUUCUGCCACAGAAAACUGGCCUUGACUGAACAGCACAUCCGGUGUCUUUGUGAGCAAAGGUUUUGCAAAAAACAUCGUCUACCAGCAGCUCAUCUUUGCGGAAUAGACUACAAGCAAACAGGAAGGAGUAGAAUUACAAAGGAAAACCCAAAAGUCUCCGAAGGCGGGUAUCACAAAGCAAGAGAAGAC